UCUACUCCACACACCAGCUUCUGAUUACACUGUGUAACAGACACUCGCGCUACUCUGAUCACACUACCAUCUCUCCACGAUCUGUAUUUAUUUAUUAACAAUAUUAUUAAUUGAAAUUAUAUUAAAUUUAAUGGCUUCUCUGUAUUUGUCAUUUUGUACAUAAAAGAAAGAGAGAAAGAAAGAAAGAAGAAGAGUGAGAGUUAGUGGUGCCGAGAACCAUGGUGAAGCAGCCUCUAUUAGGAGAAACAAGCAGUGGCGACCGCAGUUUUAGUGAUACAGAUCGAACGGCAACGUUCAAUCGCCGUUCUGAUGCCAUCACUCGCGGUUCUCCUUAUCAGAAAGCAGCUGCUCUUGUCGAUCUGGCUGAGGAUGGAGUUGGUUUACCUGAGCAAAUUCUAGAUCAGUCAAGUUUCGAACGUGAUGCAAAGUUUUAUUUUAUUUAUAUUCAGUUUGAUUUUCUUUGGACGCUCAAUUACUUUGCAAUCAUAGUCCUCAAUUUCUUGGAGAAACCUUUAUGGUGUUCGAAUAAUCAAUCUGGACAUCCUUGCACAGAUAGGGAAUACUUCUAUCUUGGACAGUUGCCUUACUUAACGACCGCAGAGUCUCUUAUUUAUGAGGGAAUAACUCUCGUCAUACUCAUAGCUCAUAUUUUCUUUCCAAUUUCAUAUGAAGGAUCCCGUAUUUUUUGGAGAAAUCCUUUGAAUCUGUUGAAGGUGAUUUGCCUGUCACUUUUGAUAGCUGAUUUGCUGGUUUAUACUCUCUAUUUGUCUCCUAUGGCGCUUGAUUACCUUCCUGUUAGGAUUGCUCCAUAUAUCAGAGUUGUCCUUUUUAUCUUAUACAUCAGGGACUUGCAGAAGGGCAUAGUCAUCCUGACUGGAAUGCUUGGAACAUACUUAAAUGUCUUGGCUCUAUGGCUAUUAUUUCUUCUGUUUUCCAGUUGGUUAGCGUAUGUGAUGUUUGAAGAUACCCAACAGGGAAAAGUAGUUUUUACUUCAUACGGUAAAACAUUGUACGAGAUGUUUGUUUUAUUUACAACAUCCAACAAUCCAGAUGUAUGGAUACCAGCAUACAAGGCUUCACGGUGGUAUUGCCUGUUUUUUGUUCUUUACGUGCUACUUGGGGUAUACUUUGUCACCAACUUGAUCCUUGCUGUUGUAUAUGACAGCUUCAAAGGCCAGCUUGCAAAACAAGUUUCUGAGGCAGACAGCAUGAGGAAAAGAAUGUUGGUGAAAGCCUUCAACCUCAUUGAUAAGUAUAAUGUGGGAUAUCUUAAUAAGGAGCAAUCUAUUCAUUUGUUUCAAGAGUUGAACAGAUACAGGACUCUGCCAAAAAUAUCAGGAGAAGAAUUUGAGCUGAUAUUCAAUGAGCUGGAUGAUAUUCGUGAUUUCAGGAUCGAUUUGGAUGAAUUUGCUGACUUAUGCAAUGCAAUUGCCGUACGAUUCCAAAAGGAGGAUGUUCCAUCUUGCUUUGAGUAUUGUCCAUCAAUCUAUCAUUCUGCAUUCUCUGAGAAUUUGAAAGUGUUCGUGAGGAGCCCCAAAUUUGGUUAUAUUAUAUCCUUCGUUCUUGUUGUGAAUCUGAUUGCUGUUAUCAUUGAAACAACGCUUGAUAUUGAAAAUAAUUCUGGUCAAAAAGUGUGGCAAGAGGUAGAAUUUGUUUUUGGGUGGAUCUACGUUCUGGAAAUGGCGCUCAAAAUAUACGCUUUUGGAUUUGAGAACUAUUGGAGAGAUGGUCAAAACCGCUUUGAUUUUGUGAUCACUUGGGUAAUAGUUAUUGGAGAAACUAUAACAUUUGCAUCCCCUAAUGGACUGGCUUUCUUUUCAAAUGGUGAAUGGAUUCGUUACCUCCUCUUGGCAAGAAUGCUGCGAUUAAUAAGGUUGUUGAUGCAUGUCCGAAGUUAUCGAGCUUUUGUUGCCACAUUCUUAACCCUUAUACCCAGUUUGAUGCCAUAUCUGGGCACAAUAUUUUGUGUCCUAUGUAUAUAUUGCUCUCUUGGAGAACAGAUCUUCGGUGGAAUUGUCAAUGCUGGGAACUCCAAUCUGCUGGGCACAGAUCUUGCUGAUUCAGAUUAUUUACUUUUCAAUUUUAAUGACUAUCCCAAUGGAAUGGUUACUCUUUUUAAUUUGCUGGUGAUGGGGAAUUGGCAAAUCUGGAUGCAGAGCUACAAGGAUUUGACUGGAAGUUCUUGGACCCUUGCAUAUUUCAUCAGCUUCUACCUUAUAACUGUUCUAUUGCUUUUGAAUUUGGUUGUUGCAUUUGUCUUGGAAGCAUUCUUUGCUGAAAUGGAACUUGAGACACCAGAGCAAAGUGACGAUAAGGAUGCAAGAGGUGCAAAGCCACGGCGCUUUGGCACAAAAACUCGUAGUCAAAGAGUUGAUAUUCUUCUCCAUCAUAUGUUGAGCUCAGAGCUGGAUCAAAAUCGUUCCGAACCAUAAGUCUUUUUGAUCUAUAUUUCUGUUUUUGGCUGCUUAGCUGAGUUAAUCCCAUUUAACUAGGGAGAGACUGAAAGAAGUGAAGAGAACUUCAAUUUUCUCGCUUGCUUUGGGACCUGGAGCUGGUGUAUUCAUUAGAAAUUGAUUGAAACAGCUCUUUCCAGAAAAAGACAGCAGUCACUGUUGAAUCAGCAUGAAACGCAUAACCUCAGGUCUAUUCUGUUUUGCGAGUAUAAUAGUAUGCAUAUUUAAAUCCUGAAGCAAUUCUAUUUACCUCUGCCUAAUCUGGAAACCUGUUAUUUAAACAGUACGUACAUUUCCAAAAGAUAUUUGAUGUUUUCUGGAUUUCUAGACAAAGAAUGAAUCAAUGUGUCAUGUGUGUAUGUACUUUUUUGUUAAUUAUUUGUAUAUUGAAUUUUUCUUUCCCUUCC